AUGUCGAGCCAAACCGUGUCGAUCAAGGAGAUUAGUCCCAGACCCAUCCGAACGCAGAGCUGCCAGGGUCUGAGCGGCGCGAACUCCUGUCUGCGAUUGCACUACGACAUGACUGCGAAUUUCGUCGCUUAG